AUGAAGGACCGAAAGACUCCGAUGUCCGCCCCAAGAUCCCAAAAUUCCCUGUCAGCAUCACUACCGAAUAUAUCGCAGCUUACUAGUCAUGAAAGUAUGAGCGGUAUUCCCAUGACAUUGAAUAUUUCAAUGCUUGAGAAAAACGAAGACUGUGAUGUAGGCGAAGAUACAACUGACUGGAAAAAUCUAUGCUUGAAGUUGAGACGCCAGAGUAUGAAAAUUAGAUCUCAGCAUCAACAAGAACGAGACAGGCUUAUCAAGGAGAAGUUAGCACUUCAUAGGGGUAACAAACUUCUUCAGUCCGCGUUGACCCAGUCCCGUUGCAACGCCUCGAAGGCGUUGGCUGAGAGAAUCUCACUUGUAGAUAAGAUGCUAGACAGUAUAAAGCAGAAGUUGUCUGAAGAGAACAAAUUGACCCACCUGCUCACCAAUCGCUUGGAUGGUUUAGAAAUCCAGUGCAAAGGAUUGUCAGCGCGGGCAUCGGCUGCUGACAAAGCCAAGGAGCAAAGUGACAAGUUUGCCAAAUUAGCACGUACUCAAUUGAAACAAUCGUGCGAGGAUUUGAGCAGAAAGGAUCAUAUCAUUACCAGUCUUAAGAAAGAAAGGGAGGAAUUACGAAGCACUCUUCAGAAUCGGAAUAAUGAGCUUAUGGACCUGGAUCAUGUGCUUGAAGUUUACAGUGAAGUAGUUGAAGGUAUUCUAAAGAGAAAAAGCGAAUGGAGCAAAUCAUCUCAUCUACGCGACAUCAAAAUCAUUGAAAAAGGCAACAAGGUUGCGCAUGGAGGAACAUGUCUCGCAGAUGCUUACCGGAUCAAGUCCACUUGCGACAACGAUUUGGAAUGGUAUAAGGAAUAUUACGGUACAACUCCCGAUAUUGUAUUGCAAUUCGAAAGCAGCACGGCAUUCAGAAGACUCAUUAAUAUGAGAUACGAGGUUUAUCGCUAUAAAUACAACAUUGGAAAUAUUGCUGAUGUUUUUGAAGAGGGUUUUCAAAAGCUGUUGGAGAAGAUUUUGGUCAAGGCUCGGGGAACCGAAUCAAUGCAAAGCAUCCUAGUGGGAAACACGGAUACGGAACCCAGACGCGCCUAUUUCGACCUCUGCAUUCUGUGGGAGGACGAAAUACCGCAAGAAAUAUCUGUCCCUUAA